AGAUGUCAGGUCUUCAUCCACUCAGAGAACCACGCAGUCGCUCAGGUUCCUCUUAAAAAUGGGAAACUCCGAAACUAAACUUCACUUCAGAAAAGCGGUGAUCCAGCUGACGACAAAAACUCAGCCAGUUGAAGCAGCAGACGAUGCUUUCUGGGACCAGUUCUGGGCUGACACGUCCACAAGCGUCCAGGACAUUUUCACGCUGGUGCCAGCAGCUGAGAUCCGAGCAGUGAGGGAGGAGUCCCCGUCCAACCUGGCGACACUUUGCUACAAGGCGGUGGAGCGCUUGGUCUGUGGUGCUGACUCCGGCUGCCCGUCUGACAAUGAGCGUCAGAUUGUCCUGAACUGCUGCAGACUGCUGACCCGGAUCCUGCCGUACAUCUUCGAGGACGCCGACUGGAGAGGGUUCUUUUGGUCCACUGUGCCUGGAGCUGGCCGAGGCAGGCGGCGUGAGGAAGACCUCGAUGAUGAUGAGGAUUCCCGUCCACUCGCCGAGUCGUUGCUGCUUGCUAUCGCCGACCUGCUGUUCUGUCCAGAUUUCACUGUCAACAGUCACAAGAAGAGCAAUGAGCAGACGGAGGAGAUUCACUCUCUGGACAGCUGUGAGUACAUCUGGGAGUCAGGGGUUGGCUUCGCUCAGUCGCCCCCACCCAACUACAUCCACGACCAGAACAGAACAGAGCUGCUGAAGUUGCUGCUCACUUGCUUCUCUGAAGCAAUGUAUCUCCCUCCUUCUUCUGGGAGUCAAACCCACAACCCCUGGGUGGACUUUUUCUGCUCCUCAGAGAACAGACAUGCUUUGCCUCUCUUCACCUCUCUGCUCAACGUGGUCUGUGCCUACGACCCGGUGGGUUUUGGUUUCCCCUAUAACCACCUGCUGUUUUCGGAUCAUCGGGAACUGCUGGUGGAGCAGGCGGCACAGAUCCUCAUUGUUUCCCUGGAGCAUGAUGUCAGGCAGAGUGGUGGCGGCAUACUGCAGGCUGCCAAAGCCUCCACGUCCACUGCUGUUGAAGAACAGGAGCCAUCAGGUCCAGAAAACUUGUUUGUGAAUUACCUGUCACGGAUCCACAGAGAAGAGGACUUCAGCUUCGUCCUGAAAGGUUUGACCCGCCUUCUCAACAACCCGUUAGUCCAGACGUACCUGCCUCACUCCACCAAGAAGAUUCAGUUCCACCAGGAGUUGCUCAUCCUUUUCUGGAGGUUCUGCGACUUCAACAAGAAAUUCUUGUUCUUCGUCCUGAAGAGCAGCGACGUUUUAGAAGUGUUAGUUCCCAUCCUCUUUUAUCUGAACGAUGCUCGAGCGGAUCAGUCUCGGGUCGGCCUGGUGCACAUCGGGGUCUUCAUUCUGUUGCUGCUCAGUGGUGAGAGGAACUUUGGCGUUCGACUGAACAAACCGUACUCACUUCGUGUUCCAAUGGACAUACCAGUUUUCAGUGGAACCCACGCCGACCUUCUGGUGGUGACCUUCCACAAGAUCAUCACUAGUGGUCACCAACGCCUGCACGCUCUCUUCGACUGUCUGCUCACCAUCAUUGUCAAUAUUUCUCCGUAUCUGAAGAGUCUAACUAUGGUGGCGGCCAACAAGCUUCUACACCUGCUUGAGGCUUUCUCCUCUCAGUGGUUCCUUUUCUCCAACAUGAAGAACCACCACCUCGUCUUCUUUCUGCUGGAGGUCUUCAACAACAUCAUCCAGUACCAGUUUGAUGGAAACAGCAACCUUGUUUAUACCAUGAUCCGCAAACGCACCGUCUUCCACCAGUUGGCCAACCUGCCAGCUGAGAAUGCUGCCAUUCAGAAGGCUCUUCAGAGGAAUAAGAAGUCUGGAUUCUCCAGAACUAACUCCACAGAACCGGAGUCCAUGGAGGGCAGCAGGCGUGCAGCGUGUGCUGAGCCUGGGACGCUCAAAGCCAGUUUAGAAGCUACGCCAGGACUUGAUAAGAUCACAGAGAAGUCUCGUGUGAGUGAGGAUGGCACUCUGGUGGUGGUUCCAAACUCUCCACAGCUCAACAGUAGUGCAGUCGCUGCUGGAAGUGACACAGAGUCCAACUCAGAGCGAGACCUGGAGGUCAGCCGUACUGAGUCUGUACGAAGUCGGUUGUCGAGCGUGUCGUCUUCAGCCUGGACUCCGACGCCAGACUGGGUUUUGUCCUGGAAGGUGAAACUCCCUCUCCAGACCAUCAUGCGACUGCUGCAGGUUCUGGUCCCACAAGUGGAGAAGAUCUGCAUCGACAAGGGUUUAACAGAUGAAUCAGAAAUCUUAAAGUUCCUUCAACACGGAACACUCGUGGGUCUUCUUCCUGUCCCGCAUCCCAUCCUUAUCAGGAAGUAUCAGUCCAAUGCUGGCACGGCCAUGUGGUUCCGCACUUACAUGUGGGGCGUCAUCUACCUACGCAAUGUGGACCCACCCAUCUGGUAUGACACAGACAUCAGACUGUUUGAGAUCCAGAGGAUUUAGAACAGGGAUGUCUGGCCAACUCCGCGAUCCACCACAUUGUCGAUGAUAAAAAGGGAGAACAAGCAGUUGAAGACUCAGUCUAUGUCCUUGUCCUUAUUGGUGCAGACAAACAUUGUUAAAAAUUCUGUUCUGUUAAUAAAAAAAAA